AUGAGGCUCUUCGAGGACAUCGAGGUGCGCCCCUCGCUGCUGCACGGCGACUUUUGGAGUGGCAACGUCGCAGUCGUCGAGGAUCGGCCGGCGGUCUUUGAUCCUGCAGCCUACUACGGACACCACGAGGCCGAGUGGGGCAUGUCUCGCCCUGGAUCUCUGUCAGAUGACUUUUGGAGAGGCUACAGACAGCACAUUGUUGAGGAUCCUGGAUUUGAGGAGCGCAGGCCGCUCUACCGCGCCUAUCACCAGCUGAAUCAUUUCAACCUUUUUGGAGGUGACUACUUGACCCGGGCCAUUCGGUCGCUGGAAGCGGUGAAGCA